AUGCUGAACGCGUCUAACAUCCAGUUCUCUACCGCAGUGAAAGUCGCUGACCAGGACCGGCGGUCAAACUCCCCGGAGCCUGGUCUUUCUAGCCAAGGGACAUUACAGUUCCCCAAGAAAUUUGUGAACUCGUUAUCGAGUAUGAGCAAAAAAGAGCUCGAGAAGCGUGAUAUCUACGGCAGAACGCUCCUUCACACAGUUUGCUUGGUGAACAAGCGGUAUUUGUUGGAUAAGUUGCUAAAGAACCCGAAUUUGAACAUUGCCAUCACUGACCUCGAAAACCACUGGAACUGUCUUCACUACGCCAUCUUUUACAAGAACUUUAUCAUUGCGCAGAUGCUGAUUUCCAAGUGCCAUUUGCUGCUCCAAGGAAAGGACCGCGAAGGAUUCACUCCGUUAGAUUUGAUGAGCAGUGAAAUAGACAUCUGGAGACUCAAAUGGAUUCCGGAGAGCGUCGGUCGACUUGAAAGACCGCGCAAGAAGAAACAGAUCGAGGCCAGAAAGUACGGAGUCGACGAGAUCAAUCUUCAGAAGCGGUUCAGCGAAGAUCAGUCCGUGUUCCAAGCCAUCAGGACACCCAAGUGGUUUGAUAUUAAUAGAGGCGGAUCUAAUCUGGUGAUGACGGGGUCCGUUAAGGAGGUCAGUCACGGUCCAGACCAUUUGGUGAACGUGGAUAUGCGGAAACUGAAACACAAGUACGCCGAUACAGAGACAUACCCAAAACUGUCGGAAAGAAUCUCGUAUUCUCGGAUCCGGGACGUCAAGAUGUCUCGUAAUCAUACGAUAGUGCUCACCUCUGAGCCUCGCGCAAACAUGUUUGUGAGUGGUCUUGGCACAAGGGGCCGGCUAGGUUCGGGCAAUGGACAGCCGCAAGACUCUUUCGCUGGUGUUCCAGCGUUCGAACACGAGCGCGUUCUCUUUGUCGAUGUGAGCAACGACCAUUCUAUCUGUGUUACUGCAGAUGCAAAGGUCUACACAUGGGGAUUGAACUCGUACGGCCAGUUGGGAUACCAAGUGGACAUCGCUCCACACCAGACAGAAGCGUGUGUUUCCACUCCCAGAGUUGUUAACACCGGAGAUUUGAGAAAGUAUACUCAGAACAGUUUCCUCGGUGCUAGCUGCUCCAAGUUUCAUUCUUUGGUGUACACUAAGAGUGAAAUCUUCGUCUGGGGAUUGAAUAUUGGACAGUUUGGAUUCAAUCCGUCUGGCAGCUCUGCAAAGAUUCCUGGUAAGGAUGGCAUGGGACUCGUGCAAACGACACCGUGCCGCACACUGUUCUCUUACGGUAAUAUCAGAACUGUAUUCGCAACAGAUACCUUCACACUGGUUCUUUCCGACUUGGACGAGUUACACUUUUAUCUGAAAGGUUUCCACUCUAAAGUGUGUCCGCCUUUGCUAAAGAAGAUCGACUCCAAGGCGUUCAAUUCGUUCCAGCCGCGAGUUUUAUCGCAGAAGAAAUCCAUCCACAAGGUUAUUGUGCAAAAAGGUUGUGACGUUUGUCUUCUUUUGUUAGACAAUGGUGACAUUUUGCAAUUGAGUAUGGACUCAAGAAGUAUAGACAAUGCCGCCUUCCAACGCAGUUUGAAGUUCACAACAGUUUGGAAAGCGUCCAAGGAACAUCUUAGAUGUACUGACGUUGAUAUGAGCAAUGACGGGUCUGUGAUUAUAUGUGUUCAAGACGGAUCCGCGUACAAACGUAUCAAACGUACUAUUCUCAAAGACUCGAUCUCUUCACAUGAAUACAUAUCGAGGAAGUUUAAGUUCUCCAAGAUUUCAGGUUUGAACAAAGUGGUGAAGGUUGUUUCUGAUCCGCUCUUCUCCAAAUUCGCGUUUGUGAGAGACGAUAUUGACCUAAUUCCGCACCGAUUAUCCAAAUCGUCCAUCCUGAGCGACUUUAGUCGUUUAUCACCGCUCCAUGAAAUCCAGGACGAUUUGCAAGUGCAACGUCAAACUAUCACAAACAGAGAAAACGAGGUGUUCAUGACACACGAUGACAGCUACCAGACAGACUUUAUUUAUAAAAUCGAGCAUCAAACGGCAGACGAUGAUGAGGCCCUUUGGCUGGAGGAAACUGAAAUGCCAAGCUCUACUUCAGAUAACCUCGACAAGGUGCUACACGAUAGAUGGACUCAGCCGUACAAGGCUGUUCCGGCUCUGGCUGCUCUUCCCCAAGAUGAGAGUCUGCGGGAAAUGCUCAAGUCCGAAGAACUCGACUACUGGAUUGCAAUGAAAGACCUCAGUCGGAACAAGCACUACAACAUGAAAGUUGUUGUGUCCAAUGUCGAGGUGGAAGUCCAUCGCGAGGUUUUAGAGCUAAGAAGUGCUCCUUUGGGCAAAUUAAUACAUCAAGGGGGUAAACUGGAACUUGGAGACGUGAAAAUAUCAUAUCAGGCUGGUGAGCUUGAGUUUUCGGGUGUCACGGUCUCUGCAGUGCUGAUAGUCUUGCACCUGAUUUACACCGACCAAUUCCUAGACAUAUGGACAGACUAUCCUUUGGGAAAAGUUCCUCCGCGGAUCCAGAAAACCAAGACUGCCUUUGAACAUCUGGCAAAACUUGUCCGUCUUGUUGACCCAAUGGGACGCGUCAAAUGCGAGCAUCCGUUGAUUGACGAUCUAAGAAACCUGCACGGAAGUUGCUCUGUGAAGCUAGCAGAUGGGUCGGUUCAAGUAUUCGAGCCUUUGCUGAUUGUCAGGAGUGCUUAUUUCGAAACGUUGUUUUCGCGCCGUUGGGGAGUGGAGUCCAUUUCUCUUCCGGAGGUGUCCCACACUGUUUUCGAGAUUGUUCUGAAGCAUUUGUAUGGUGUUCAGUAUGAUGCGUUGUUCGACAACAUUGACAAGAUCACGGAUGUCUCCUCGUUUUUGAACUGCAACCUGGACGUUAUCGAGGUAGCUGAGGAGCUCAUGCUGGACGAGCUGAGUGAUGUGUGUCAGUUACUGAUGAAAGACUUCAUUGCGUUGGACAACGUUUACACGCUUCUCAGACACUCGUAUCACAUGAAAGCAUACAAGCUUUUUGGCAACUGUCUGUGGUUUAUCUACAACAACUUGGACGUUCUUUUAUUGGACCCUAGUUUUGGCGACUUGAUUGAUGAAGAAGACAACCAGUUCCUGAAUAUUGUCAAUGAUGCGAUGAAGUGGUUUGCAAACUUGAAGUACUACCAUCGGGACCAGAAACCGCUUUUCCUUCAGGACAAUUCUGGUUUGUUGAAAGAGUUCGUUCAAGAUAUGGAUUCCUUCAACAGCCACUGGAUUCAUCCAUUGCUAUGGGACGUUGCCAAGCCUAUUUUUGAGGAGCCAACUACUCCAUCGAAGACGAGCGUGAGUGAACGCAGAAGACGGUCUUCUGCAAGAAGAAUUGAGGAGAUCAAGACUACCGUGCCAGGAGCUGCCGAAAAGCCACGUUCCUUAUCGAAAGUGUUGUAUUCACAGCAGCUGGCUAUGGGAAGUACCGAGGAGGUUAACGAGAGUGCCAUUGCGGACGACGAGGUCGAACCAGACUUUGUUGUGGUCAGUGGUAAGCGCAGACCAUCGUCAAAGAGCAGCCUCUCUGCUGCCACUGGAACGCCAAUCGUGCGUAGUGAUUCUGUGACUCUUCCGCAAAGGAAGACUUCUCCCACGCCUGUUACCACGCCAAGGCCGUCGCGGCCUUCUUCGGUCACUGUUCACCACGAGAGUCCAAACACGAGUGUUGGUAGUCUGCCUACUCUUUCUGAGUCCUAUGGAGCCACCAACACAGGCACGCAGUCUCCAAGCUCUGCUUCGCCGGUGGUGAAAGCCACCUCCAAGGGAAUGCCUCGACUGUCUCAGAGAGAAAGAAUCAAGCGGGAAAAACAACCGGUUGUGAUACCUACAGGCUCCAGCGCCUGGAAUACUACAAAUGCCUGGGGAUCUUCAGCUCCAAGCACGCCGUCCAAGCCAUACAGCCUUGUGAGCACCAGCGGCCCUCCGGCAUCUGUUCCAUCGUUUGAGAGCAUUCUUUUGGAGGAGAAGCUCAAACAGGAGAAAAAGGCCCCACUGCCUGUUCGGUCCUUUGAAGACAUUCUGAUUGAGGAGGAGUUUGAGAUGUGGUGGGCCCAGGAAAGCGCUCGGGUCCAGGAAGAUCUUCAGCGUAGCCAGCAGCACUCAAAGCCAAAGAACAAUCGCAGAAACAGAAAGUCGUCCAGCUCCAAAGAGAACCAACGAACCGGAUCCGGCUCUUCAGGCAAAAUGCCAGCCAGAAAGAACUAUCAACGUCGCGUUGAUGUUUAA